UUUUAUCGAUAAGCGCGGCCGGCGUGAAUUUUUUUUUGCAAUACGCUGGACAUAAAAAAAUCAUUGAAAACCGCGGCUAAUUUUACAAUUAAAGCAAUAGGCACCAACUAAACUAUAGUGCAAUUGUUGGGAAACUAUUUCCCAUCGUAAAACCCUUGAUUUCGGUGAUCGCAUCGUACUUUUAACCAAUUCCUUGGCGGGCGGUUGUGUGUAUAACAAAAUGGCGUCCUCGCAAGUCUCAAACAAAUCGGGCUCCGGCUGGCCGCUCCGUGGAAGUGUCAGCAAUAAUAAUAACGGCACGCAGAAAUUUGCCGCGAAUCAGGCCCUGACCAUAAAUCGCACCGUCAACCUAUAUCCCCUGACUAACUACACAUUCGGCACCAAGGAGCCGCUUUUUGAAAAGGAUCCAUCGGUGCCAUCAAGGUUUCAGCGAAUGCGCGAGGAAUUCGAUCGCAUUGGUAUGCGUCGCUCCGUGGAGGGAGUGCUCCUCGUCCAUGAGCAUGGGCUGCCGCAUGUGCUGCUGCUGCAGCUUGGCACGACAUUCUUUAAAUUGCCUGGCGGGGAGCUCAAUGCUGGAGAGGACGAGGUCGAUGGCCUGAAGCGACUCCUUUCUGAGACGCUGGGUCGUCAGGAUGGCGUCAAACAGGAGUGGAUUGUCGAGGACACCAUUGGCAAUUGGUGGCGUCCCAAUUUCGAGCCACCACAGUAUCCGUACAUUCCGCCGCACAUCACCAAGCCCAAGGAGCACAAGCGGCUGUUCCUCGUUCAGCUCCAUGAAAAGGAUACGGACAGGAACGCCAGUUACGAUGUACCCUGAGCCGUUCCAUUAGCGCCGUGCUGGUGUGUCGUGCCACCCAACUCUACUAUCAAGAGAAACGAACAAACAGAAAAACAGAUCAGAAAAAAAACAGAAUUCCUCCGGGCUUAGUUUUGAUUCUAGAUUCCAUUGUACAACAUAUUAUCUCUAUCUCAAAUUUUGUAUUUGUUGCUCAGAACAGCGUGUUGGCAUAUUUUUUUGGUUCCCUCAAAAUCACUCAAAAUCCGAAAUUCAAUGAUUGUUCUUGUAUUCUUAAUUUUGUAAAUAUGUCGACAUCCAAUGUGAGACUGUAUGAGCGCAAGCUGUAUAUUUCCCCUCCCCCCAAUACUUACGAUACAUACGAUAUUAUUUGCCUUACUUCUACGAGUAUUCUUACUAUUGUCAACAACUGUCAUUGUCAUUGUCAUGUGUUCUUCUUGUCUUAAGGUUGUGUACGAAUAUA